AUGGCUCGCAACAUGCUGCUGCUGGGCGCCACGGUCCUGCUGGGCCUCGCCGCCGCCCAGAAGCCCAACGGCAAGGAAGUCCACCCCAAGAUCACGACGUACCGCUGCACAAAGGCCAAGGGCUGCAAGCCCGAGACCAACUUCAUUGUGCUCGACUCGCUCGCCCACCCGGUCCACCAGGUCGGCAGCAGCCUCGACUGCGGCACCUGGGGCAACCCGGCCAACGCAACCGUCUGCCCGACAAAGGAGGCCUGCGCAAAGAACUGCAUCAUGGAGGGCGUCUCCGACUACUCAAAGUACGGCGUCACCACCAGCGGCGACUCGCUGCGCCUGCAGAUGAUUGUCGACGGCAACACCGUCUCCCCGCGCGUCUACCUCCUCGACAAGACGGAGCAGAAGUACGAGAUGACAAAGUUCACCGGCGGCGAGUUCGCCUUUGACGUCGACGGCCGCAAGCUGCCCUGCGGCAUGAACGGCGCCCUCUACCUCUCCGAGAUGGAGGCCGACGGCGGCAAGAGCCCGCUCAACAAGGGCGGUGCCUACUGGGGCACGGGCUACUGCGAUGCCCAGUGCUACACAACCCCCUUUAUCAACGGCGAGGCCAACAUCAAGGGCUACGGCGCCUGCUGCAACGAGAUGGACAUCUGGGAAGCCAACAGCCGGGCCACGCACAUUGCGCCGCACACCUGCAACGUGACGGGCGUCUACGAGUGCAAGAACGCCGCCGAGUGCUCGCGCGAGGGCGUCUGCGACAAGCCCGGCUGCGGCUGGAACGCGUACCGCAACAACCAGACCGACUACUACGGCAGGGGCAAGCAGUUCGACGUCGACACGACCCGCAAGAUCACCGUCGUCACCCAGUUCCCGGCCGACAAGAAGGGCAACCUCCUCGAGAUUGUCCGCCUCUACGUCCAGGACGGCAAGGUCAUCCACUCGGAGACGGUCAACAAGCCCGGCAUCCCCGCCGUCGACUCCAUGACCCAGGAGUUCUGCGACGCCACCGGAGCGGGGCCCUUCACGAGGCUCGGCGGCCUGGUCGGCAUGGGCGAUGCGAUGAAGCGCGGCAUGGUCCUCGCCUUCUCGGUCUGGUGGGACGCCGGCGGCAACAUGCAGUGGCUCGACGGUGCCGCGCAGGGUGCCGGCCCUUGUGACGCGACCGAGGGCAACCCGACCAAUGUCGUCAAGGUCGAGCCAUUCCCCGAGGUUUCCUUCAGCAACAUGCGCUGGGGCGAGCUCGACUCGACCUACGGAAAGCCCAAGCCUCCCGGACCCCCUAAGCCGCCGGGUCCUCCUAGCCUCCCCGGCCCUGUCCACCCUCACGGCGUUCCUCGUGUCUAA